AUGACGGCAGCAUCACGAGGGGCAGUCUUCGUCCCCAUUGAAUUGAUCAUAUAUAUCGCGAGGUUUCUACAGCCAGCUGACAUUAUAAAUCUGCUGCGAGCAGCGAAAGGCCUUGACAAACUACUCACAUCCCAUCAUCUGAACGUCAAAGGCGAUAAGGACGAAACGAUAUUUCAUCUCAUUGCAAGAGACGGAGAUGAGAAUCUGAUGAAAAUGUUUCUCGGUAAAUGUGGGAUAUCCAGCAUCAUCCGUGACGAUACUACACAAUUACAUCAAGCUAAGACGUUCGGACAAGUAUCAAGAACAGGAUUCCUGGCCUCGACUACUUUCAACAUCAACGAACUCGACCGUCAUAGAGAAGCCCCGCUACAUUGGGCCGCUAAGCAAGGACACGAAUCGAUCGUGAAACUGCUACUUGACAGAGAAGACAUCAAGCCCGACCUAGAAAAUAACCGAUAUCGAACGCCGCUGUCGCUCGCAGCAGAACAGGGACACUUGCCCGUUGUGGAUCUUCUGCUGCGACAGAAUGAAGUGAAUCCCAAUUCGAAGGAUUAUUACGACCAAACACCGCUGUCAUUUGCUGCCGAACAUGGACAUGUAUCAGUUGUGGAGUUAUUGCUUCAACAAGACGGUAUUGACGCUGAUGCGGAGACUUAUGAUCAAGACGCUGCGGGGAGGUGGCUACCUCAAGACGGGGGACGUACGCCGUUGUCAUUUGCGGCUGGGAACGGGCAUCUUGCAGUGGUGGAACUGUUGGUGCGGCGAGAUGUUGACGCGGAUUCAAUUGAUGAUAGCCAUCGUACGCCGCUGUGGUGGGCGGCAAAACAUGGUCAUUUGGCUGUUGUGGAGGUGUUGGUGCGAAGGGGGGACGUUGGCGUUGAUUUUAAAGAUAAAUGUGGUCGUUCGCCUUUGUCAUGGGCUGUUGCGGGAGGGCAUCAAGCAGUGGUGGAGUUGCUGGUGCAAAUGGGAUGUUGA